AUGUACGGUCUUUCUUUACCACAGGGUCAGCCAGUCUGGUGGAGUGUAACUUUGCAAAGACCAGCAUUUAUCAGCAAAAUCUGGAUCAUUAAUAGGCCGGGGUGCUGCCUUGCAGAAAUGACCAAGCAUAAUGUCAUUUUAAGGAACCAUUUGGAAACCGUAAAAGCAAACUGUAAAGUUUACUCCUGGAAGGAAAGACAAAAAACACUGAUGAUCUGUGAACCGUCAAUUUCUACUUCAAAUGUUACUAUUUAUGAAAACAGUGUGGGCGAACUAAGGCUGUGCGAGGUGAUGAUAACGGCAAUAGGUGAGAAAUGUAAACGUUUUUUUUUUUGCUCCAAUCACAUGGAUAAUAAUUAAGAUUAACCCUACAUCAACCCUGAUGUGAACAGAAGAAAUGAUACGCACACGAAAGAUUGCCACUAUUUCUUAUGAGCAUUGCUUCUAAAAAGCGCGUUUUUGACUCUCUUGGUAUUAACAAGAUAUUCGACCAUUAUUAAAUACACAGAAAGCGAAAAGAGUCUUCAUGGCGUUCUUCAAGAACUUUGGUACAAUAUUCCUUCUGGUACAAUAGCGAGGUUGCGAGCACACAACAGGCUUCCUACCACUGAUCCAGAUGUUGUGAACAUUCUCCGACAGUUUGACUCUCCCUCCAAUUUCCAUACAAAAUACGGACAACGUCUGACAGGGUAUUUGCAGGUACAUAGUUCUAAUAUUAUUUUUUCCCGUAAGUGGUCUCAUAUUAUGCUCAUAAAUAAGAACUUAGGUGUUGUACAAAAAGAGGUACUGACUUUCGACCAAGAAUCCUCCUUAACCCUCGGACGUACACGCAAAUUCAUACCCCCUACCGUGGCACAAGGGGGGGGGGAGGGUGGAUGGAACCCCUCCCCGGAGUUUUUGAUAUAUUGCAGUAUUUCGAAACGAUUUUGCCUUCAGUGGAAAGCCUUUGAUCUUCUUAACAAGCUGAGGUAUAUUUUAAGGGUGGUAGCGCCGCUGGAGGCCUGUGACGUCAUUAACAAUGGUCGCCAUCUUGGAUUUGACCAAGAAUUAGAAAUCAGGUUAAAACUGCGAGAAAGGGUAAUGUUUUUAGCUUUACAUGAAAAAUAACACAUAAAUAAGCAUUUUGCAUAAUUUUAGAAUUACUAUUCUUGUUGAAAGAAGUGGAAAAACAUGUAUUUUCACCCAAAAAUGGCUUGAGCACUUCUACUUAUGACGUCAUAUCUCGUAGCCAUAGCAACUGACCACGAAACCGGUUUCAAAAUGUGCGCGAGGGAUGAACAAACAGCUACUGAAAACAUCCGUACCUGAUGUUUUAUCCUUUAGGAAAAAACUCAGAAAAACCUUACGGGGCGUGAGUGGAGGGUGACAUCCACCCUCCCCCCCUCCCCUUGUACGUCUGAGGAUUAAAGGAUUGUACGGAUCUUUUUUAAUUUCUGCUUCGAUCUUUUUUCGUCAACCCAAAUAUCUCUUUCCUUUUAAUAUUUCCUUUUCAAUGUAAAAUAUGCCCGUUUCUGACAUCCCUUGAGCAUUCAGUGACAGGUAGUAACGCAUACCACUCAUGUCACUUAUUUCAUUUUUCUUUUGUCUUGCGUAAGGUACCUGAAAGCGGUAACUACACCUUCUUCGUCGCACGCGAUGACAAUUGCGAGCUUUGGCUACAACCAGAGAGGGUAGAGCUCGUUGAAAAAAUAAAGGACGACAAAGCAUCCCACAAACUACUCUUGAUAAAAGUGGACUUUCGGACAGACCACAAUCAAUGGGACAAGUAAGAAUACAUUGUCAUUUGAUAAAAAGGUUAUGUUCUCCUGAAAACUAAACGGCUCUUCGUCGUAAAGCCCUUAAUCGCCUUUAUACUGCGAUCCGUGUAAAGGUGCUUAUCUAUUGAGCGUAAAAAACAAUUCGACUUUGGCUGAAUUAAAACGAAUCAAAGUUUGGUUUUACUUUUUGAAAAUUAGACAUAAUACAGCUUAUAAAUCACUAACCGAGGGAAAGACCAGAGGAACAUUUUAUUUGUUUUGCCUUAACAAAACACACUAAUUAAACGUUUGAAUUUAGUCCCUUAGGACAAACGGUUUUUCCUAGAUAUCCUAAAACCAUCAUUCUCAUGAGAAUGAACUUUCGCUUUGAAAAGUCAAACAGUGAGUCGUUUUAUGUUAUGUUUUAUGAAUCACGUUUUUAUUAAUUUUUUUAUUGGUAAAAUUAUCAUCCUUACCCUUUUUUGUGUACGUUUCUCUAGAUUUCCCUCUCUCCAGGCAUCCAAAGAAAUCUGGUUAAAGAAAUGCCAGUUGUACUCUGUGGAGGUACUAAUAAAACAAUCUGGAGGAAGUGAUUGUGCCUCCGUAGGAAUGAAACUACCAAAUGGGACAUACAAAGGCCCAAUAACUGCGGCUCACUUAUUUUGGGUGAAGCCAGGUAAAUAA